AUGUCUAUCACUAUCGUCACCUCUGAUAACGAACAGUUCUGUGUCGAGAAACUUGUCGCUCAGCGUAUCGCCCUCAUCGAGGACAUGGUUGAAAAUGCUGGAGAUAGACCUAUUCCGCUUCCCAAUGUGACCGCGUCCGUCCUGAGAAAGAUCUUGGAAUACUGCGAACAUCACAAAAAUGAUCCCCUCCCGCCGUAUGAUGACGGGUCGCGCAGCCGCACGACCCACAUCUCGGAGUGGGACCAAAAGUUCAUCACUGUCGACCAGGAGAUGCUAUUUGAGAUUAUUUUAGCUGCAAACUACCUCGAAAUGAAACCUUUACUGUACGUUCGCCUCAAUGUUCCACGAGUCCAAUGCCUCACCGCCUGCAACGCUGUCGCUGGUGACAUUGGAUGCAAGACUGUAGCGAACAUGAUCAAGGGCAAGUCUCCGGAGGAAAUUCGCAAGCUGUUCAACAUUGUCAACAACUUUACUCCCGAAGAAGAGGCUCAGAUCAGGAAGGAGGCUGAAUGGGCUGAAGACCGAUGA